CGCGCCCCUCUUUUCUCAAACGUCAAAAUCUCGUUGUCGCUUACGGUCGUUUUGUGUUCGCGUUGUCCGUCAGUCAGUUCGCGUUAUUUCGUAAGCCUUGAUUGCAAGCGUAUAAUUUUACAGUGACAUCCAUCAGUAUUUGGAUAAUUUGUGUGUUCAGUGAUAUUUAAAACAAUUAAAUAACACAAGAAGAUGUCUUUCAACACUGAUUUAUCGACUAAAUUAGAAAAUAGCAGGAACACACUGCGUAAGAUAGCUCGGAAUGAUAACACAGAGUUUUCAAAACAGAGCAUCCUUAACGACAUGGAGAAGUUUGUCAAAAUGGUUAACACCAUGGACGAGACGGUGCUAGUCCCCAGUCGGCUGAUGAACCUUCCUCAGGAGGGGGACGAUGACCCAUUCAGCAUGUUCGCUAUGCUGAAUGACUUGAAGACUGAGUUGCUUUGGGCCGGUGAUUCUGAGGAGCAAGUGGAGCGUGGGAAUAGAAGGGUGUCGGAUAUAAGUGACACAGAGAGUGAUGCGUCAAGUGCUGCGGGAGAUUCUGGAAUUGAAGGGGAAGAUGAGAGGGAAUCGGCAGCGCGUGCUGCGGCCGCGUGCAGGCGACACCUCCGUGGGCUGAGACGGUCGCUGCGCGCUCUCACCGCCGCCGCCGCCCACCUCACGCGGUCGUAUCAGGAAGAAGUCGGAGCACCGGUGUAGGAUAAGCAUUUGCCUGUGAUUGAUAAAAGUCUGUCCCGCACGUGUACAUAUAGGAUAAGCGGCCCGUUGUAAAUAUAGGCUUACUGGGCCGGCCGUGUAUGGGAAUCUCAGUAAGUUAAUGCGGUUAUUUAAUAAAUUUAAUUUUCAUUA